AUGAAGCGUAGCGGUGGUGAUAAUGAAUAUGAGGAACCUGAACACUUAAGAAAAUUAUUUAUAGGUGGUUUAGAUUAUCAUACAAAUGACAAUACCUUAAAAGAAUUUUAUGAGCAGUGGGGAGAAAUUGUGGAUGUUGUAGUUAUGAAAGAUCCUCAAACUAAGAGAUCCCGAGGAUUUGGUUUUAUAACAUAUUCUCGAGCACAUAUGGUCGAUGAUGCUCAAAACAAUAGGCCACAUAAAAUAGAUGGCAGGGUGGUAGAACCUAAGAGAGCAGUUCCUAGAGAAGAAAUAAAAAGACCAGAUGCUAGUGCUACUGUAAAAAAAUUGUUUGUUGGAAAUUUGAAGCAUGACAUUGAAGAGGAAGAUCUAAGAAAUUAUUUUUCACCUUAUGGUAACAUAGUGUCUGUGAGCAUUGUUACUGAAAAAUCUACUGGCAAGAAAAGAGGGUUUGGUUUUGUUGAGUUUGAUGACUAUGAUCCAGUUGAUAGAAUAUGCUUGCAGCGUAAUCACAAGAUCAAAGGUCGUCAUCUGGAUGUUAAAAAGGCCAUGCCAAAGUCUGAAAUGGCAUCUAGCGGUGGUUCUAAAAAUGAUGGAGGUAGUGGCAGACGUGGCGGCCGUAGGGGAGGGAGCUGGGGUAGCCGUCAAAGUGAACAGGAUUGGGGAUAUGGAGAGGAACGUGGUUGGGGUAACCAGAAUCCUUGGGAAUCUAAUGACUCCCAGGGAAAUUGGGAUCCAACUAUAAUGCGCAACGACAGCAACCUUACAAUAGUGGUGGCGGCUCUAGGCAGGGAUUCAAUGCUAUGGGGAAUUCUUCAUCUGGUGGAAAUCUGCGACGUUAUUAAAACCUCCAGAUCCUCUUGUGUGAAGUUGCGCUUAAUUGAAGCUAGGCAGGGAGAUGCUAGAGUAGACAGGAGUAGGCCUGGAGUCAUCUAG